AGCCAAACACGUCAUCGAUCGAAAAGCAGGAAGUGAUCUCAGUGUUUCGUGUUGAUAGAAGAACUCAGGAGGGGUCCAGAUAUUUUCGUAAUCUGUUGUUUUAUUUUGUCGUUCGAGUUUCUUCUGUUUUUUACCUUUUCAUAUCGUCAACAGAUCCAAGAAAGAUGUCUCUCUAUCCUUCCCUGGAGGACCUGAAGGUGGACAAGGUGAUGAAGGCGCAGUCCAGCUUUGCAGCCAGCACAGCCGCGCCAGCCAUUGCAGAGGAAGCUUCAGAAGGGGCGGUACAGAGCGGAGCAGCAAUGAUGCCAGUUCUGUAUCCCAACCUGCAGGAGCUGGGAGAUUACAUGGGGUUGAGCCUCAACAGUGAUGAGGUUCAGAGGAACCUGGCCCUGCUACCUGCGUCUGGUAAUCAAGUGGCGACCAGGCCGUCUGCCCUGGGCUGCAUGGUGUCCCCGGUCACAGGGAAUGACGUGGGGCUGCGCAGGGCGGAGAUCAAGCAGGGCAUGAGGGAGGUGAUCCUGUGCAAGGACCAGGACGGGAAGGUGGGGCUCCGGCUGCGCAACGUCGACAAUGGUGUGUUCAUCCAGCUGGUCCAGGCCAACUCUCCGGCCUCUCUGGCUGGCCUGCGCUUUGGGGACCAGGUCCUGCAGAUAAACGGACAGAACUGUGCCGGGUGGAGCUUCGACAAGGCACACAAGGCACUGAAGAUCGCCGCGGAGAGCAGGAUUGAGCUCAUUGUGCGAGACAGGCCGUUCCAGCGCACGCUCACGAUGCACAAAGACAGCACCGGGCACGUCGGGUUCAUCUUCAAGAAGGGGAAGAUCACCUCCAUCGUGAAGGACAGCUCCGCCGCCAGGAACGGCCUCCUGACCGAACACAACAUCUGCGAGAUCAACGGGCAGAACGUCAUCGGGCUGAAGGACUCUGAGAUUAAAGACAUCCUGACCACAUCUGGAGGUGCGAUUACCAUCACCAUCAUGCCUAAAUUUAUCUAUGAACACAUGGUCAAACGCAUGGCCUCGGGGCUGUUGAAAUCGUCGAUGGACCACUCCAUCCCGGAGGUGUGAGGAAGAGAACGGUGCCUUUACAUGGAGAAAGAAAAUGUGUGCCAUCGGUGUCUUCAUCCUUUCAUGGGUCUCUCUGAAUCUACUUGCUGUAUUGUUAAAGCCUCAAAAUCACUUUCUAUUUGCACCCUGAAUAACUCUUGGUAUAAUUGUAAGAUUAUUGUUCUUCUGUUGACCUACCUGGUUUAGAUUAGCAUCAUUUAUAUAAAACAGUUACGGUUUAAACUUUAGUUUUAUAUGUAAAAUCAUUUCAUUUUUUUUCUACUUUUAUAAAUGCAAUGUGUUUUCAAGCUGUCAGAAUAGUCACAUAUCCCAGGUAUAGUGACUCUUCAGUGCAUGCUUCAGUUUGACUGGUAACCUGAAAGAAUAAGCUGGCUCCAAGAAAAACGACCGUCUCUUCUUACUCACAAGCUAGUCCGAGUUGCCCAGGUAGGACCGAAGUCACAGGUUUUGAAAUAGAGAGCAAAAAUAACCCAUGACUGAUUGUGAAUAGACGGCUGGCUCUAUCAGUUCCUAUUUUGGGUGUCUGGCUCAUUUUUCAGGUAACAAAUCAUAGGAAUCCGAGAUGAUGUAAAAACGUCUCUUUACUGCGUAAUUAAGGACCAAAAUAGCCACAGUGAUCAUAUCUUAUCUGAAUCAUUUCAUCUACUUCAGCAAAACUGAGAUGCUUGUUUUUUUCUAUUGUUUAAUUGUUUUGAGGAAGUGUAAAGUUUUUAUUAGCUAUGAAUAAGAGUUAAAAGUAGAUUAUGUUUUUUCUUUUGUGGUUUAGAAAUGUAUCGUGAAGUAACCCAGUAAUGGACCAAAUGAAACCCUUUUAGAUAUGCUGUUAUAAUUUUAGAAUCUACCUGAUCUGUAUUCAGUAUAAUCUGCAAACAAAAAAAGAAUAAAGUGUUGUAUAAUUUCUUUAA